GACAAACAAUUUCGUUCAAAUUAGUUUCGAAAUACGCAUACAACCAAACAAUUUGUACCUGUACCAGGUGUGACUAAUUAAAUAGUUGUUUGAUAAUUUAUAGAUAAUUGGAGUCCUACAUGGAUGAACUCAUGAAGCUGCUCGGGACAAUCGUUCUUGCAGCAUUUCUUCGCACAGCCUGGAGUGCUGACCCAAAAGUCGUGCUGAGGCAGACCUUUCCCCCAACUACAAUAGUGGACAACUACAAGACAUUGGUGGUGGAGAAAAGAUGGGGAUGCCUACAUGGCCUGUGUUGUAGACAACAGACCUGUAGACAGCCAGGUGCAAUGGCUUGUACAGAACUACAACACAGGGACCAACAUUCCAAUCUCCACAGACACGGACACCCAGAAUGCCUUCAAAUAUCAGAUUGAUAAACCGGCCGCAAACAACUGGCGGCUGAAGAUUCAGAACAUACAGGAGUCUGACAUGGCGCUCUAUAUCUGCCGUGUACAACUGGGCGGGCAGCAGAAUGCUAAUGACAGCAGAAUGAUAUAUGUCGUUCAGAAGCCUCAGAUUGUAGACAUCUUCACGAGCUCGGACACAACCAAACAGGAGGGGGACCGCGUGGAGCUGCGUUGCAAUGCUAGCGGCAUCCCUACCCCCAUGAUCACAUGGCAUAUGGCAGGCGGAGGCAUCUUGCCUACUGGAGGCAGGGAGUGGACGUCGCCUACCAUCAUCAUUCCCAGAGUGACCAGGGAGCACCGUGGUGAUUAUAAGUGUAUUGCAAAGAAUGAAGCAGGCGAGGAUGUGAGGCGAAUAUACCUCAGUGUCAAGUUUGCCCCCUCUGUGACAGUUCACCAGUACCGCAAGCAGGUUUUCCAGGCCCCAGGGUACAGUCGCACUCUCACCUGCGAAGCCAAGGGACACCCCGUGCCGUCCGAGGCAGAGAUCCUAUGGUUCAAAGGGGGCUCCUCACUCGUUGACUCAAAUAAGUUCAUUAAGGAAUCCUAUUUCGGCUCUAACUAUGUGAUGAUGAAGCUAACAGUGAGGGAUAUCACUGAAGCUGACUACGGAGACUACAAAUGUUACGCUGAAAACUCUCAGGGGAAUGGGGAGAACACUGUAACCCUCAGCAGGUCAGACAAGUUCGUGGAUGAUCGAGAACUUUUCCGGGAGUCAUCAGGCGGGUCUAUCAUUGUCUUCAGUAUCACCACCCUUGUCAUGCUGUUAGGGACCGCUCUCCUUCACCUCUGUUAGCCACGCCCCCUGCACCGUCCACCUCAUUCUAUACAGCAAAUACUUGUUUUAAUUGUGAUUUUUGCAUGGAACGCUCAUUUCAUUCUGAUUUGGUUUUUGGAAGAUUAUUACAUAAAUUACAUCUUCAUUCUGGUGUUUUGUUGUAUAUUUGCAUGAUUUGUCAUCUAGAAGAAUGGUUAGUAACUGUAAGUCUUUGCUUGUUUGGAUUUCUUUUGAUAAAAUCUUUCGGAUUUUAAGUAAAUUUGUGUGAUUGAUUUUACGAUGGAAAAUGUACUAUUCCUAAAUGAAGAAUCUCUUUCAGUCUUGAUAUAUUUCUUUUUCGUAAAUUCAUUUAAUAAUGAAUAAAGCAGUGUUAUAAGAAAAAAGAUGCUCCAAGAUAAUUCAACUUUUUUCUUAACACCCUACAGUGUUGCAACUUGCAAGUGAUGAUAAAUUAAGUUUGCCCUUUUGCUAUGGCAAUGCAAUUGAAAUACUACUGUGAAACCAUUUAUUUUCGUCGGCACAAAAUUUCGCCCUUUUCAUAAAAAUGACUAUUUUGUCCGCUCUUAAAUUCGUCCAUUUCUGGUUUUGAAAAAAAAAACAACGUCCGAUUUGUUUGUAAUACAUGUAAUACGCGGUUGCGAAAAAAUCUUGCUGGGGAAAGAGAGAUGACACUUGGUAGUCAUUUGCAGGAGGUGGGCCUUGUUUGGCAUAUGCCAAUUAACAAGUCUGUUAUUUCAGGUGAUAGUAACUGUCCCUUAUUAUUUAAUGUCAUUGACACUUUCUUUGUUAUGAUUAGCGGAUAAGUGGGACUGAAUAACCGUUAACGAGUGUUUUAAACAACGAAGCCAAUUGCCAAUAAGUCUUUUUCCGUUACAAUCACGGACAACCAAACACAAAUCAAAAUGUUCUUUAUUAAUUUGUAACAAAGCGCAGAAUAUAUUUCAGUCAGGUGUUGAUCACACAUCGUCAUAUUUUAAUUGCGUUUAAUAGUAUUGUCUUUAAUCCGGAUUCGCCGCGUGUAGGCUGUAUAAUCUGCAACACUCCUGAAAAACACAAUACACACAAUGGGUAAUAAAGUUGUUAACAAUAAGCGCUUAUCAACACUAUUAUACCUAAACGAAGUCGACGCAUUAGAUACAGCCUUAAUGCAUUCGCAUUUAACAGGAAAUGUCAGUUGUCAGUACACUGUAUAAUGAACACCCCUUUUUGUCAAAACCGGAUUUAACUUGAGUGUAAUUAGUCGACCGUUUCAUGUUCUUUGUAUCAAUACCAUCUGUGUAUCUGUAUGAUAAGUAUACCAGUCAACAAACAAGGUGCGCGCUUCCGCAUAUGGGUAUUCGGACGUUCAAAAAAUUGACCUACGGUUUAGCGUUCACGCCGUCGAACGCAUUAAGCCAAUUAACUCGUUUUUUUUCACUUUUUCUUUAUUUGCAAAAAAUACUAGUUGCUUAUAACUUACCUUGCAAUCUUUUUUUCACGCAUUUUGCGAGUGUGCGAGUGUUAAUUUCGAGCCUUGUGUAUAUGCGUGGAUUACGCUGGAUUUAAAUGCCUCAUGCCUACGGUAAUUCAGUCUUAUUUGUUUCAAAUAUGGAACAUGAUUGUUCGUUAGGAUCUUGAAUUCGUCCAUCGGUCGAAGGACGAAAAAGGCGAAAAUUAAUGUCGGACGAAUAAUAAUGGUUUCACAGUAUAUGCGUUCAACACCACACCAUCACAGGACAAUUUAAAACUAAAAUUGAUUUUUAAAAAUCAGCCAGUGAUAUAAAAAUCAAUAUUUAUUUGCACUAGAAGUUAUCAAUUGUUAAGAUAUACAAGGUUUGCAUGACCUGUGCAAAGUAAAUGGUAAAGUGCUGAUCAUGCAAUGUUCAUUUUGAACAUGACUCAAUUUUCAUGAGUGUUUUAUAUGUUUUAAUAUCUUUUGAAAAUGUUAUAAUAUGAUUACUGAACAUUUUGUAUGUAUGUAAAAAUGUAUAGUCACGCAUAUCUUGUACAGAAUCAUGAUGACAUUAUGUACAUUGAAUUCCUUAUGUUAGUUCGUAGAAUUACUGUUGUUAGUGCAUCUUGUAACAAAGCAUUGUACAAACCAUUAUUUUCAUAUGUUUUUCUUUGUGCCCGAAGGGCAUAUAGUGAUUGCACUGUCUGUCUGUCCGUGGACAAGGCCUUUCCAUACACAUUUUGACUCCUUGACCUUGAACUUAGGGUCUGCGUUUAGGUUUAGAAUCUGCGUUUAGGUUUCGAAAAAUGCUCAUAACUUCUAUCAAAGCGUUUUUCGGGGGCAUUUGUCACCCUUUGAAGACAGCUCUUGUUUCUAUCUCAUUUUCACAGCAUAUUUUUAUAUCAUUUAUUUACAUUUUCAAACUAACUAUGCUCUGAGGACCAGUAACAAAAAAAGGAAGCUCCUUUGAAUUGAUAUUUCUGAUUAGUAAAUUUCAUUCAGAAAUUUUAUAUUCACUGUUGAAGCUGUGGAUGUUGAUGAAUAAAUAAUUCCAUCUACAAUAUAUACAUCUGCUUAGCAUUUAUUCCUGGCAUGAUCAAUGUUACGGAAUAAAAAUACCUUACUAAGAAUGAUUUACAUCACCUUACAGAACAUUCCAAGUAUACACAAUAACGUAUACCUGUAUUUAUAUCACUAAUCUGUGUUUAUAAUAUUUAACAUAGUUUUAUACAAUAAAUAUAUCAAAGUGUA